AUGGAGCCACCCCAAUCCCUGCGAGAAGCCUGCAUUAGGCCGGAUAGCUUGUUCGCACUAUCCGAACAGGCCCUGGUGCAUCUGGUGUACAAGGAGUUUCCCAGCGAAAUCGAUCGUCUCCGGCGGGCUUACUCCAUUCGCGACCCUGAAUGGACCCCUCCGAGCACCCCAUCGCCUUCGUACAUUCUUUACCAGGAGAACUACGACGAAGUCAACCGGACGCUUGUAGGAUUUCUUGCCUUGCGUUGGAUUCAUAACGCGCAGUAUGAGGUCUUCGUCGGGUCGCAGUCCCCCGAGCUCCGCUUGACCAAGGAAUCGUUUGACUGGAUCCGGAGUUAUUAUGUCCAGGCCAUUCCAGAUGCCAAAACCCUCUACGCCUUGAUUACCUCGAUUAUCAUCAAUGACCUCGGCAAGGAUCCUGAGCUGGCGUUGGAUCACCAAAAGUUGACCGGGGAAGACAUCUCGAAUCUCAACCACGAUCACAUUCUCCUCAAAGCGUAUGGGGCUGGGCUGGUCCCAGCGCUCGAACGCCAUUCUGCCCAGGAGAAAGAUGAUAUGGUCCUUGCGAUCGAGCUUGGGGCCUUUUUCAACUUUGGUCAGAUGGGCCAAGCAGAGAACGCUCCUGCCGCCCUGUCAGGUCUGCUUCGGAUGGAAGGUCGACAACGUAGCUUCCAACUGCGCUUUAUGGAGCAGCUGUUGGACAUUGCGGGUGCUGCGGGACAUAUGGACUGGACCUGCGCAAAGAAACUCAAUCAGCCCAUUUUCGAAUCGUAUCGGAAUGUGUAUGAUGCAUGCGAGGGUGUCAUUGACGGCAGGUUCAGUUCUCGACAAGGGUAUGACCUUGUCCUCAUUCGACGCGCAGAAUUCAUCCAAAGCAAAGGCUUCCGCCUGUUGAACGUGGAAGAAGACCAGUACGAGCGUGCGCUUAUGCAGCUACUGUGCAUGGGCAACGUCACCACCAAAGAAACCGCCGAUCUGUAUGAGGCUUCGCUGGCCUCCCUCGAGCCGGAGGCCAAGAACGCCCUUGUGUAUGCUCUUAAUGUUGACGGCUCCGUGGGCGAGCCUGCCAUUCAACCGACCUACACUCCCGCUUUGCUCAGUCUUAUCAAAACACAAAAGGAAUUGACCGCUGUGUUCGAAUACCUCUCUCGCGUCAUGAGCGUCAAGGCUCGUGCAGAUCCUUCGGCUAUUCUCGUCGAACGAAGCGUGCUGGGAGUUCUCAAACGACACGUUGAGAGUGACGAAUUCCGCGAAGACCCAUCCAUAUUGGGACACGUUGAAGUACCAGAUGACGUGACUGCUUUGACUGGAUGA